AUGCAGACCAACGGGACUGCCGUCCCAAACAACCCAUCGGGAAUGGAUCACGGUUCCGGGAAGUGCAGGGUUGCCAACGGCACCGGAAGCUACAAGCGGCUGGUCAGCGUGGCGGACUACGACGAACUCAGCUCGUUUCCACCAGAACUACUCGGUGCAUUCGAGAACAGCACCGAGCUCGAAUGUCUGCUGCGGGCACACCAGGAUGCAGAGUCCGAGACGCUGUUCGAUGGAUGUCCGGUGGACUUUGACCGGAUUCUGUGCUGGCCGAAAACGGACCCCGGUACCUGGGCAGUGCUUCCCUGCUUCGAAGAGUUCAAAGGCGUCCAUUACGAUGUGACACAGAACGCUACCCGGUACUGCCAUCCGAAUGGUAGGUGGGACAACUACAGCCACUAUGCCGCCUGCCAUCACGUGGACGAACCCCCGCCGGACAUUGUGGAAAUUUCGUCCAUUAUCUACUACACCGGCUACAUCAUCAGCCUGGUGGCGCUUAGUCUCGCUGUGAUAGUUUUCGUUUACUUCAAGGAUCUGCGCUGCCUGCGGAACACGAUCCAUGCGAAUCUCUUCAUCACCUACAUCCUGUCGGCCUUGCUGUGGAUCAUUAUCCUUACGCUGCAGCUUUCCAGUGGCAACAGUACCGGCAUGACGAGCUGCGUCAUCUUCGUCACACUGCUGCACUACUUCACACUAACCAACUUCUUCUGGAUGCUUGUGGAAGGGCUCUAUCUGUACAUGCUCGUGGUGGAAACGUUUUCGGGUGAUAAUUUGCGCUUCAACAUGUAUGCCGCCAUCGGUUGGGGCGGACCAGCCAUUUUCGUCAUACUGUGGGCCAUCGCCAAAGGUAUCACCCUAUCCGGGCAGGGCAAAACGGCCACGCUGGAAAUCGAAUGCUCCUGGAUGCGUGAGUCGGUGGUCGAUUGGAUCUUCCAGGGCCCGGUCUGUGCCGUACUGAUCAUCAAUCUCGUAUUUCUUAUACGAAUCAUGUGGGUGCUUAUCACAAAGCUACGAUCGGCGAACACGGUCGAAACGCGCCAGUACCGGAAGGCAUCGAAGGCCCUGCUGGUGCUGAUUCCGCUGCUGGGCAUAACGUACCUGGUUGUGUUGGCUGCACCCGCCGAAGGGGUCGUCAGUGACAUAUUCGCGAUUGCCCGAGCGUUACUACUAAGCACUCAGGGACUUUCCGUGUCACUGUUCUACUGCUUCCUCAACUCGGAGGUACGGUUGGCGCUGAGGCACCGGCUGGAACGUUGGCGGGACGAGCGCAACAUUCGUCUAGGUCAGGUCCGGCAGCGAAGUCGACGCUUCACCAACUCCGGCUACAAUCAGUCGAAAGAAUGUUCACCGCGGUCCCGCACAGAAAGCUUCCGACCACUCACCUACAACAAGCGGGAAUCGUGCGCAUCGUCGGCCACGACCACAACCCUGCUCGGACCGCACACCUACCCGAGUGCGAUGCGCGGUUCCAACGGUGCCCUGCACAUGCAAUCGAUAGUGCCACGUGCUAUCAGCCCGCUGAUGCAGGGUCUAGAUGAAAACUCCGUCUAG